AUGUCGAAUCAAUCAAACAUUGCAACGCUCGAUAGCACACUCAUCGACCGUCUCCCUUCAUCCUCCAAAACUCUCUUCGAAGCUAAAGCCACCAAAGCCCUCACAUUCGAAUCUAUCGCCAAUGAACUCGGCCGCUCCGAAGUAGCAGUCGCCGCCCUCUUCUACGGUCAAUCCCAAGCCUCUCCCGCCGAUAUUGAGAAACUAUCCCAAAUCCUCGACGUCCCUCAAUCUAAACUCGAAGCCGAACUUGGUGGCUUCCCAGAUCGUGGACGUGCUGGUCCUAUGCCACCUGUUGAACCUCUCAUCUACCGAUUGUACGAAAUUGUACAGAAUUAUGGAUAUGCUUACAAGGCAAUUUUGAAUGAGAAGUUUGGGGAUGGAAUUAUGAGUGCUAUUUCUUUCAGUACGAAGGUUGAGAAGGAGACUGAUGAGCAGGGAAAUAAUUGGGCUGUUAUUACUUUGAGAGGGAAGUGGUUGCCAUUUUCUAGAUUUUAG